AUUGGCAGCUAGGGUAACGGCGUAAAUGGCGUACUAUCAACUUUCUCGUUUAAAACAACGGAUAUAAUAAAGCCUAACUGAAUUUUAUUAUAUUUCUUUACAAACACAACUAGGAAACACAUUUUUAAAAGGUAAUCAAUAGUUUCAGAAAAAUAUAACCGGCAUGCUUUUAAUAUUUAGUUAAUUUAACAUAAUCUCCAAAACUCUUUUGACGAAAUUAAAUUAAAAAUUAUACAAUAAAAUGGCCUAAAAAAUAGGCCUAGAUCUAUUUAUCAAAACUAAAAUAAAAAUAUUAAUAUUAAAAGCAUUAUAUUGAUGUCAUCAUUACAACUUUCUUUUUAAAUUUGGAAAGUUAACUUUUUUCAGUGUUGUAGACUUAAUAAAUUAUCUUGUUAGAAUGUUUAAUCAUUCCAGCAGAUCCAUCUGCAUGUUUUGCUUCACCUUUUGCUUGUCAUUUGUUUGUUGGUCAGCUAAUUUCAGUAUUCUCCCCUUCUUUGUGGAGCCGCUGUGAUUUAAAUAAAACUCUAAUAGUUCAGUUUCCUCAAAAAACAUUAAUAUGACAUACAAUGAGAAAUCCAAUCACCAUCUGCACAUAUAGUCUAUGGCUUUUAUUUUUAUAAUAACUACCAAAGUCAAAGGUCACUAUAAAUUAUAAAUAAUCAUAGAAAAGCAUAUUUUAUUGGGAUGGACCUGUGAAUAAUUGAUAUAAUAAGUAAUAAGGUUCUGUGUGUGGAUUAACCUAUGUAGCUUUGUGUGUAUCAAAUGAAAAUGUUAUGACAGGUAAGUUAUAUUAAAACAUUAAGCCUAAGCGGUUACAUCAGAAUAGUGACAGUGACAUAAUAAUUAAUGUUCAAUAAUUUUUUUACAUUUAUAUACAUUAAAUCAGAAUGAGUCGACUCUAUGAUACUGUUGAGCCUUCUGUAAUUGAUGAGGAUAUGUUACAAAAGGCUGUAGAAGAGCAAGGACCUAAAGAUGAAGCAGGAAAAAUUGCUAAGAAAGAAGGCAUCAACUUUGGAGAUGUUCUUUCAUUAAGGCUGGACUUCAAAAGUACUUUAUUUAUUUAUUAAAUUAUCUCAUUCUUGGGUAGAGUUUCAAAUCUUUGCCUAAUGUUCAUAAUCUAUAGUUCAUUUUUUUAAAAAUUCCCUCUUAUAAUAUUAUAAAGCCAAUGUUUUAUACUGCAAACAUCAUAAUGUAUAAACAUAGAUGUGUUAAAUAUUGAAUUUUUCUUAAGAGUCACUGAUGAACAAGAAGUAUUUUGAUUUUGUUUUUAUUCUUUUAAGUUUUAUUUUAUUUGAAAAAAAAUGAAAAAGAAAAACAUUUCCUAAGCCAGUUGGUUUUUCUAUUAAAGGGUUGAAACAUGACUAGGCUACAUGAGUAUAUGCUGUUGAAAGUUUAAAAAAGACAGACAAAUUGUAAUGACAAAAAUAAGUAGACGGCCUGGAAAUUUAACAAUACAAUAAAGAAGUAUUUAUUCUUGCAUUUAGAUAUAAUUCCAUGGCAUAAGUAAUUAACUAAAUGUAGUUGUUUUGAUUACUAAUAAAUAAAAAAUAAUUAUAGAAUAUUUUGACACUAUUUGAAUCCUAGCUUUCAUUUUAAUCUUCAGAUGUCCUAAAGAUUGACAAUCUUUGGGAAUUUACGUCUCUGACAAAGUUGCAGCUGGAUAAUAAUAUAAUAGAGAAAAUUGAGGGAUUGGAUUUUCUAGUCAAUUUGGUCUGGUUAGGUAGGUUUUUAUCUUUUAUCUUUUAAUUUAUAUGAAACUAGCCAAUAUACCCAUGCUUUACUAAAUUAUGCAGGAGGGUGGGAUGAACUUUAAUUGAUUGAAUCUAGAAAUGUGUAUAUGCAUGUUAUCAGCAUUUAAUUUUGAGUCAGUAAAAGACCAUAAAAAGGAAAUAGCUAACUACGAAAAGGAAAAUUUGUAGGUGGGGGAGGAGGUAAUCCUUUAUUGAACUUUGUAUUUAUGUCACAAAAAAGUUUUGUCUCUUGUAAGAUGUUACCCUGAUGUAACUAAUGUUUGCUAAAAUCUACAGUUUACUGUGACCUUUUGUUUAAAUUUGUUGCUAUUUAAAAAAAUUAAAUUUGUAUUUUACCUCACAGCAUACUCUGUAAUCUUUCUUUUGUAUCCCCAAAUAGUCUCUUAUUCACUCCUGCUUCUAAGCCUGUGAUUACCAACUCAUUCCCCAAAUAGUAUUUUAUUCACUGCUGCUUCUAAGCCUCUGACUACCAACUCAUUCCUCCCCUCCAAAACACCCACUGCUUAAAACCUCAAACCAGCUCUCCCUUAUUCCAAUUUUCUCCUCAACCUCUAGUUUAAAAAAAUCGCCACCACUCUUUUUGUUUCUGCCGCUAAACCCACUGCCCCAUCCCUCAUAAACUAUGAUCAUAUUUGUUAUUCCCCCAUCACUUCUAUGUUACAACUUGGUACCUGGUAAUAAGGGGAGAGAAUGCAAUCAGAUUAGCAAAAUAGGAAAUGAGUAAAACUAAGUAAGAUCAAAUCAGAAAAAAGGAACGCAAGAAAACAAUGAAUGUGUCAGCAGGAAGCCUUCAUCAGCAAACAAACAACAGAAAAAACAGAAAAAGAUUAAAAAAUAGCACUUAGCUGAGAAGUAACAUCCGAGAGGCAGCAAAAGAAUUGUGACAGAAAAUAAGUAGGUGAGAGAUUAAAAAAAGGGAAAAGGGAAAGAAAAGAAAUUAGUCCUCUGCAAUUGGUCAUGAUGUGGAGGGGCGUGGCAAAGGCUCAAGCUGUGAAUGAAGACAUGACAUUCAUAUCAUGUGGUGUCAAGGUUCCAUAGGUCUGGAUAAGCUUGUUCAUGCCUUCAGGUCAUGUCUGAGUGACAAUGUUGACAGGACCCAACUAUACUUUAUUUUAUAGCAGAGAUUACAUUUUUUUGUGUGGCUUUUGUCUAAUUUUGGCUACAGUUAAUUAAAAUGUAUCCAAGUAGGAUAAUUAACUAAAAUCAAUUUCAAAACAUUGAAUAAAUAUGAUUAAUGUUGAUAUGAACACUUUCAUUUGCCUUUUUCACAGAUUUAUCAUUUAACAAUAUUGAGGUAAUAGAAGGCCUGAACAAACUGACAAAGCUUCAAGACCUUACACUAUACAAUAAUCAUAUCAGUAAGAUUGAAAAUCUUGAUGCUCAACUGGAAUUGCAGGUUUUCUCUAUUGGGAACAAUGAAAUUAAAGAUAUUAAAGAUGUCAGUAAUAGUUACUUUUAAAUAAUCUCAUUAAUAGUUUAAGAUACUUAAAUACUUAUCAAAUAUAAAUUUGAUAAUUAUUGAAAUUAUUACAUGAUAAGCCAGUUGAAAAUUUAAUUGACAAUCUAUCAUUCAUAUAAUAAAUAACUACGCACACUGCUCCACUCUAAUAAAACUUUAGCUCUUAACUUCAAUUCAUAAUAAAUACUCAAUAUUAAAUAUUUAUAUUUUCAACAGAUCUUAUACCUGCGGCGCUUUCCAAAGCUUAAGACAUUAAAUAUCAACAAUAAUCCUGUGUGUCAAGAAGAGAACUUUCGGCUCUAUGUGGCUGCAUUUCUACCCAAACUUGAGUUUUUAGACUAUCGCUUGCUUGAUCAACAGACAGUAAGUUUAAAAAAAAAUUAUUAUUACUUUUGCAUGCCGGUUACAAUGUUUUGAAAUAUUCACUUACAAAUGAUUAAAGUUAUUAUUUAUGUCCCCUACACAACAAAUGUUUAUGACAGACAUCUACAUCAGCAAAUAGUACAGGCAACGAGUAACAAAUACACAAAUAAAAAAAAAUGAGAUACUACAUUUUAGUUAAGUUUUUAUAUUUAUUGUUAUAUUUGUUACACUUUGUACUGUUCGCUGAUGAAGGCUCUUAUAGACACGUGCAUCCCUUUUUCAGGUUUUCCCCUGCCUUGUACUACAUGUUUCCUUUUAAGACGUUAAGGGAUGGACAGACAGUAUUUUCCCUUCCAUUUUUAUAGUUUUAUUUGAAUUUGAGUUUCAUGUUUUCAGAAAACAGUUGCUUAUGACAAGUAUCAGAAUCAAGUUGAGGAGCAAAUUGACAAGGACAAUAAGGCCAAGUUGGUUGCUGAGGCACAACAGAAACUAGAUCAAGAAAUUCAUCGUCAAAAGGUAUUUAAAAAAAAGAAUUCUGUCAAACAAACUAUAUUAGCUUAUUUUAUGUUUAGUUUUUCUAUUAACUGAACAACUGAAUAUUAAUCCUCUACAAUAACUCAGUAUGAAUACUACCUGGGCUACAAUAACUAACUAUAACUACAAUACCAGAACUGAAUAUGACUAUUACACAAUCCCUGUAUAUGACUACUAUACAAUCAAUGACCGUGACUUCUAUUCAAUACCUACUAUGCAAUACCUAAAUUUGAACACCAUACAACCGUGGUGAGCAUUAGCUUUUUAUUAGGCACUGUCAAGCCAGUUCAAUGGCGACAUUUUUUAUACAAUUAUAUCUGUACACUAGACAUUUUUUUAGAGUGAGCAUAUUUAUUGUAAUGUUUGAAAAACCACAAUUAAUCAAAGAGUGAAAGGGGCAAAAUAUUCUUUACAAAUGCCAAUUAUUAAAACUUUGCAACAUUUCUGUUUACCGAUUAUUCUAACUGUGGCUUAAAUCACUUGCAGAAAGCACAUUGUAAUUUAUCAUUAAUAUUCACAUCUACAUGUCAUGGACAAUGCUUGAUCUUCAAGUGUAUAACUUAAGAAAAGAUUGGCUCUCAUUAUCAAGUAUAGUCCCAUGCACCAAGGGAAUUGUUUAAAUCCCUGAUUUCAUGUUUAAAGAUCUGCAAACAAAACAAAAAGUUGCUGCAAAACGAAAUUUCCAGCCAAAAAUUGGUCAAAGUAUAUAACACAUUGGUUUUACAUUCACUUCUGUCACAAAAUAAUCAGCCUCUUGAGUUUUAUUAAACGUGCAAGUUAUUUGCACCAGUCCCACUUAAAAAAAAAAUCACUGUCAUCCUUAAUCCAAUUAGUUUUACUUUCAAUAUAAUCAGACCCUGGGUGCUGGCUUCUUAAUUGGCUAUAAUAGUAAUAAUAUAUUUUUUUUUAAAUUGUUAGAUAGCUUUAACUCCUUACUUAUUAGAUAUAGAUUUGAUACCCUGUUAAAUAAAGAGUUUGCUUAAAAUGGAUGAAUAAAAAGGAAGAUGAAAGAUGUAUUUGUGGCAGAAGCUUCAGAGAGAACAAAAUCUUCAACAUAAGUAAAAUGACAUGAAAGGUUGAGAUGUGGCUUAGCUAACAUAUUGCCCAUCAUGGGCUUACAAGAAAUGAAUAUGACUAUUAUACAAGAACUGAAUAUGAUUAUUAUUCAAGAACUGAAUAUGACUAUCAUACAAGAACUGAAUAUGACUAUUAUACAAGAACUAAAUAUGACUAUAAUACAAGAACUGAAUAUGACAAUUAUACAAGAACUGAAUAUGACUAUUUUACAAUGACUGAAUAUGAAUAUUCUCCAAUGAAUGAAUAUGACUAUUUUAUAAUAAUUAAAUAUGCCUACUUUACAAUGACUGAAUAUGAGUAUUAUACAAUGAAUGAAUAUGGCUAUUUUAUAAUAAUUAAAAAUGACUAUUUUACAAUGACUGAAUAUGAAUGUUAUAUAAAAACUGCUUAUGACUAACAGAAAUCUUCUAAUAUUAUUGAAUUAUCUAUUUUAUACAUUUUAAUUGAUUUCAGGAAGCUUAUGUUGAAUAUCUGGACACUGAUAAACUGUUUGUUGAUAUGUAUGCUGAUGAUCCAGAAGGAAACAAAUUAAAUGAGAUCCCAGGAGUCGAUGAGAUGCUGAUUAUAUAUCCUUUUUGAAAAAUUGAAGCUCUGAAGCUGAAGGAUAUUUAAUAAAGAAUUUGUAUGACAAAAAUGUCAUUUGGGCAGUAUUUAUUUAUCCUUAAGUCUUACAAUAAUAUUUUUUUUUUCAAAUUCAUUUGCUAUUUGCUAAGCUUGAAUUCAAAUAAAUUUUUGUUGCUUCAGUUAUAAUUUACUUAUUUUUCUAUAAUAAUUAAAAACAAAAACAUGUGAUUUGCUUAUUUACAUGCUGUUUAUUUUUUUAGUAAACAAAAUGUUGUGCCUUAAACCACUUCUUAUUUAAUACAAGAUGAAAAAUUGUUGAAAUGGAUAGCUUCCUUAAUAAUUUUCACCUACAAAGAAAAAUUGGUGGCUGUAUGCAAGGAACUAUUUAGUUUUGGCCUCUUGGAACAUGACAAAAGAAAAGCAGAAGUUGACAUGUUUUGGGAGUGUGUGAAUGAAGCCAAGCUGGAAAACAAACAAGAGGGCAUGAAAGCCAUAGAAGAAUUUAACAUUGAGAAGAAAAGGGUCAGUUGAAAAUGCCUUGGCUUAAUUCAACUUCAUUUAUCAGGACACAAAUUGCUAAAUUUCAUGUGAUAAGAGAUAAUAAAGAAGAAAAAAUAUAACAGCAAAUAUAGUGUUUGAACAGGAUAUACACAAUUUGUCUUAAUAAAAAAAAGGGUAAUUUCUUCUCUAAAUCCAAUAGUUGAAAGACCUAAAAGACUUGAGAAGACUAGAAGUUAGACGUCCUAAAAUUCAUGUACGGUGUAUUAGUCCCAUAGUAGUUCAUAAAUUUUGCAGUUUAAUUAAUGUUUUUUGGUUAUUUAAAUUGUCUAAAUAUUUUAUGUUUAUGUAUAUUUUUUUAGCUGUUUUCUGAAAUUCAGCAAUUAACUGAUGCAAAGUUAAUGGAAAUAAAGGUUAUGGAGUUUAAUACUUUGAUCAGUGAGCUUUGGGAUAAGCUGAUGGGACUUGAACUGCAGCUAGUCGACCAGCUGGAGGUAACUAUUUCUUUGUAAUGUGGAGAAUGGGGAGAAUCUCAUUGAUGGGUCUUGAACUGCAACUAGUGAACCAGCUGGAGGUAAUUAUUUCUUUGUAAUGUGGAGAAUGGGGAGAAUCUCAUUGAUGGGACUUGAACUGCAACUAGUUGACCAGCUGGAGGUAAUUAUUUUUUAGUAUUGAAUGGGGAGAAUCCCAACUUGAGUAGAGCAGGUGGGUGGAUAAUUGCCACAGGUACAAAGACCGGACACUGAAUAACUGUCAUAGGGUAUCAGAUUGCACCAGGACAAGGCUAUCAGGCUAGUACAACUGUCAUAGUGACAGUAUAGUUAUAAAGCAAAGGUAUAGAAUGCAGUAGCCGGUGGCUCCUUAGUGAAAAAUGCCCAUGUAGUGACCAAGAGAAAUAUUCGUAGCACACAUGCGGAAAUAGAUAUUCCUGGUAGAGAAGCAACAACUAAUUUGAGGAUUUGUAAAAGGGCACAGUUAGUGAGGACUUGUAAAAGGGCACAGUGAGUGGGGACUUAAAUGAGAACUCAGCCAGAGAGCAUUGGAGGACAGUUGGGGAAGGAAAACACGGUCAGAGAGAGUACCAUUGGAGGGUAGACCAGCACAGUUGAGGAACCAAUUUGGACAGUAGGGAGAGACAAGUCAUGACAGUGAGAACUGAGCACCAGAGACAUAUGAGUGAAUCAGCGUCACAUAGAAUUAAGGAGAAAAGGCUAUAUAUAACCCUAGAUGUAUCAUGUUAUUACCUGAUUAUUACAGUAGGAGUGACAUACUAACUUAACUUAAGUAUUAGAGAGCAGAAACAAAACCAGAGUGAAAAGGUUCUCUGUAGUAUUUAAUAAAUUGCUGUGUUCCAUUGAUAGUGACAAACAUUGUGGUGAGCUUGAUGUAUUUUUGUUUUGUUACCAGAUGAUUUAAAUAAUAUUUUAAUUUCACUUUUUAAAUGUCUUAUCAGCCUCAGAAAUGAACCCAUUUUGAUGAUUCAAAUUUACUUGUGAAUGUGAUGUAAAAAGAAAUGAGCAUUUUUAUCUCCACUUUUUUAAAUGAAUUCUAAUUUGUAACUCUCACAAUAAUAACCCUUUCAAACAGAUUUUUUCUUCCCUGAAAACAGGAAGUUAUAAAAGAUUUUGACCGCAACAUGCAAGACCUGGUGAGUGGCUUCUUGGAAAAUGUUCAAGCUUAUCUCACACAAGCCAGAGAGUUGGAGAACCAGCACAAUGAAAAAAUGAUAGAGAGCGCCACAAUAGCACUUGAAAAAGCUGCAAAGAAUGAACUAGAGGAAGAUGUUUCAGAGGAUCUCAGAAUGGUGAGAGCACUUGGUUAAUGUAACACAUGCUAUUUUACUGUCGAUGUAGCAUGGUUAGCUAAUACUUUGAUUGUCAUGUCACUUGUGUAAUGUAAUUAAUUCUCUCACUCCUCAACUCAACUUGACUGUCCUGUCACACAAUGAGGAUUCAACGUCCAUGAAUAAAUCCUACAGUACUUUAUUAUAUGAAUUACUACGGCAAAAAUAAGACUUGCUAUGAGGGUAUCCUGCGAUAACUCCAGGAUGCAAUCAUUAUACACUUACACAAUAUUCCAUAUCACAAUUUGAAUCACAAUACUACAAUACUUCAAUAAUUCACAUGAUAGAAAAUAAAGCAGGUCUGCUCUCUGUCAGAAAAAAAUGGUGUACUCCUUCGUUUAACUAAAGCGUGCGUUCUACCUCCGCUAUAGGAAAAUAGUUCCUCCUCUUUUCUCUUGAAAUACGAGGUAUUACAACUCUGUGCUCAAAUUACUACGCCAUCCUGACAUAUUAAUGUUGUGUGAAAAAUUACAGACAAUUUGGUCUGUUACAGUUAAAUAUUGCUGUCUAUAUCGUUCUGUCUGUUCUAAUCACAGAUCUAUAUCAUUAGGCAUGUAUCGCAAUUUCCAUGUCAGCCUCUUGACCAAAAAGUAGUCAGUCCAAUGUCAAGGAUUGUCCCCAGGCUCUGAGUAAACAAAGCCAAUUGAUUGAACUGGUUAGAUAAGAAAGGCAGAUAUUUAGGUAAACAAAGCCAAUCGAUUCAACUGGUUAGAUAAGAAAGGCAGAUAUUUGGGUAAACAAAGCCAAUCGAUUCAACUGGUUAGAUAAGAAAGGCAGAUAUUCUCAAGAAUGAUGUUAACAAAAUAAAAAAAUGCAGUAUUUAAAAAAAAAAACUUCAUGUGAAGAAAAAAAAAAAAUUAUAUAAUUAAUUGUUCCAUAAUGGUUGUAUUUUUCUUUUUAAAAUAUGAUAGUACAGCAUCUGGGACACCUAUUUUAUUGACCUCAUUUUUCUAAAAGCUUCUAGUGGACAAGGACACAGUGUUGAAUGCUGUUACUUCAUCACAUGAUGUCCAUCUUUUGAAAAUAGACAACAAGGAAGAUGACAUUGUUACUAGAAUUAAUGGAUGGCUCAAGAACAUGGUUACCAAUAUUCAUAAUGAGGAAGAAAUCAGGCGUAACCGCACACGCGUGACAGAAAUAAACCAUUACAUAGACCACUUGCGGGAAGAGGUGGAAGCACUGGACAUGGCAGUAGGUAAGUAACUGGCUGAGACUGACGGUCCGUUUUGAAACAUGAUUCAUACUCACAUCGUGCCAGCUACUGGUAUUAUGAGGUAUUUCCAUAACUGAAAGCCUACGUUGUUUCUCUAUUGCACUUUUCUGGAAAUAUAUAUCUUGUGCUUUCAUUUAUAGCUUACAUUAAUGUAGUAAUAUGUUUCUUUAUCUAAAAUGAUGUUGCAGAGCUAUGGUCUCAGUCAAAUUUAUGUUAAGUCAAAGAUCAUCAAAGAAACGUGUGUAUAAUCUGUUUUAGCUCAGUUUUUGCUAUAUACUGACUCAGAUUUUAUAUCUGAAAAACAGAGAAGCUUUUGUGACAGAGAAGAGUUGCAGAAACUUCAAAGCAAAUGCAGUUUUAAUGCUAGACUUUUUCAGUUCAGUGAAUAAAAAUUUUAAUGUAGUACAUAUGCAAUAUUUUUUACUAAAGCUGCUACACAAGAACUUGUAAGUUGUCAUUUUUUAACCUUAGUAAACAAUUUGGGAGCAUUUUGAAAACAUUAUUUUAUUUCUAUUUUUUUGUUCUCAAGUUCAUUUUGCUUUUGUCAACUUUCAAUUAAAUUCAUGCAUGUUAUUUACAUAAAGCUGUUACCCGUAAAUAGUUAUGAAUGUUUUCGUAAAUUAGUAUUAAUUUGAAUUUAACUAAAUUAUAACAUCCACGAUUGACUUGAGGUUUACCACUAAUGUAGAACAUUAAUGGCUUUAACUUUAAGAAAUAAUUUUCUUAUGAAAAUGUUUGGGGAUUAUGGGAAUCAUAGCCACAAAGGUCUUUUCCUCACUUCAGAUAAUCCCCCAAAGUUUAAUAAAGUUGAAAUUUUAACUAAAUAUGUGAUGAAAUAAAUACAGAAAUAAACAAAAGUUUUAAAAUUAAUAAAAAUAUGACCUUUUUAGGGGCAUCUGAUCUGAUAUGUCUUGUUCUAGUGGCAGGUUCAUUAAAUAAUUCACCACAUCAAUGUUGACUUUUUAAAUCAGGGUUAAGGAGUACUAGCAGAGGCUCCACCUAUUCCGGGUAUUUAGUCUCAUGGGGUGUCAAGUUGGCAACAUAAGAACCUGUGAGAGCAGUCUGGGAAAAUCGACAUCCAGGGCCAUAUCCCUUUUGUAAGAGCAGACACAUGUCUGAAUAGGCAUUCAGUAGCAGUAAAACCUUUUCUCACCCCAAACACUUUGCUUGGACCAAACGGAUCUAGGCAUUUCUCAUGGCCUUAAAUGCGUUUCUUCCACUCUACAUAAUCUCAGGAACACAUCUAUCAAAAGAAUUUUACAACAUCUUCCAUAAUAAGAGACAUCUCACCACUUAUGACAAACAACAUUACAUUACUAUAGUAGGGAUUUGAGAUUUAAAAGAGCAAUGACACCCACCCCCUUUGACACACAGUGUUAAUUUUAAUUUGUUCUAGAUUCAUACUUUUAACAUCAUAAUAUUCACUUUUAAACAAUUUCACUUACAACAGAUAGAAAGUCACAUUAUGUGUUAAAAAAUGCCACCAAAUAGCACAACUUAAUAAUUAUUAUUUACGUGUAUGGGCAAUAGGCUUUGUCAUUUCUUAGACCGGAAAACGUCAUAGGGUACUAUUUUUAGAAGGUCAGCGGACAAAUAUUGCUUAAAACAUGGCAGCUUAUAGUGUGUUUCAGCAUAUCGUUCGGAUUCAUACUUUUAACAUCAUAAUAUUCACUUUUAAACAAUUUCACUUACAACAGAUAGAAAGUCACAUUAUGUGUUAAAAAAUGCCACCAAAUAGCACAACUUAAUAAUUAUUAUUUACGUGUAUGGGCAAUAGGCUUUGUCAUUUCUUAGACCGGAAAACGUCAUAGGGUACUAUUUUUAGAAGGUCAGCGGACAAAUAUUGCUUAAAACAUGGCAGCUUAUAGUGUGUUUCAGCAUAUCGUUCGGACGAUCCUUGUAUCUCGAGUUACUGUUACAUUUGCCGUUCAAGCAAUGAAGUCGCAUUUCAGAAAAUAGAAGUAAAAAAAAAUAUGUAAAAUAUUUCGUAAAAUAGAGUUGUGAACAAAUUUCAAGGACACUUCGCUAACAUAGUAAUACUGAACAGUGUUGACAUUUUGUCCGCGCUGAGUACCCGGGUGAUGAGUAAUAAUGACAUAAGUUCUAUUAAUAGAUUUCCGCCAUUAAAUGACAAGCCCUAUUAAUAAUACAUAGCUAAAAGUAUGAAUGGAGUAAGAAUUGAAAUGGUCACUGCAGGUCCAUCUCAUAUCCAAUCAUUAAUACCGUUACAUAGAGAAAUAUGUGUUUUGAUAUAAUAUGGUCACAGCCUGGUUCAAUGUUUCUUGAUUUUUUUUUAAAUACUCGGUGCCCUUGCCUUAACCAGGUUUUUUACAAGUGACACUAAAUAAAAAAAGAGUUUUGAACAUCUAUCACAAAGUUUUGCAUACAUGUGCUCGGCAAUUUGAAAUCAGAGGCAAAAAAAAAAAAAAGAUUGAAAAAUUGUAUCUGUUUAUUGGCUAGCAUUUACUCACUAGCAUUUUUAGAUAAUAAUUUCUCACUUCUCAAUUUUAUUAAUUUGGUUCAUUUUAUUAUUUUAUAGGAUAACUUCUCAGCACAUUUAUUUAAUUUAUUUCAGUGAAACUAUUUUAUUUAAGUAUGAUAUUUGCAAUAAUUCAUAGUUAGGCUGGCAUUUAAACAAGACGAUAUUUUUGUCCACAUGAAGCAAUUUGAAUCACUAUUUGAUAAUCACCUACAGGAGUCACUUUAGUAUUUAGAAAAGAUGUAGACAAAAAUUUUACUUUAACUUUCACAUUUGUAAAACGCAAUUUGCCCCCAAAAAGGAUGUCUAAUUUACCACUGUCUUAAAACUCAACUUUUUUAUGCAGCAGUGUUAAAAUCUUAGCUACUCAAAUUUACCCUUAACUUUAUUAUAGUCACUAAAACAGUUCCUUUUAGCCUUUUCGUUUGGAAAAAAAAAGAAUUUUCAAAGAAUAUGCAUAUUCAUUGAAUUUAGGGAUUGAAAUUGUGAACUUGCAAUCUUACUUCUAUUUUACUGAAAUAACAUUACAUGAACCAUAAUCAUGUCAAAUUUUGGGAAGAGCUAAUGCAUUAGAAGCUGUUAUAUAAUUUAAAAUUUAAGUGAAAAGUUAUUUGAAGUAAGUUAUAAGGUCAAUGUCAUUGAAAAUUAAAUUUUUAAUCCUUUUUUUAUCUUAGAUGUGAUGAGAUAACUAUAUACUAAUUUAGAACAAAUGAUAAGAGAAUGAGUUUGCUAUUUUACAUUGUGAAACACUUUUUUAUAGAGGUUUCUCGUUAUUUUUAUAACUUACCUGAUUCUUGUUUUACUAUUUAAAAACAAAAUAAAUUUAUACUAUAUCAAUAUAUUGAAUUGAUUAUAUUUAUUUGGAAAACUUUAGGGAACUAAAUUCAAAGGAGGAAGUUUUAUCAGAAAUUCUGCAACUGCGGUUCACAUAAAGAGAACAGACGUGUCUCAAGCCAUUCUGGAGAAUGAUGAGACUGAAGAGCCUAAAAAGGAGUAAAGUUAACAACAUUAGAUUUGGGUAGAAAGUGCCUCAAUUAGUGAACGUGAAAUGUACAGUGUGUUUCUCUCAACAUUAGCCCCAAGUGUUCUUGUAGAAAGUUUUGACCAAUUAAGGUAAUAAAGUGAAAGUUCACAAGAACAUCACUCUGUCUUUGAAAGUGCAGCUGCACUCUUGAAAUCUACAGACGUCCUUUCUUAUGGACUUGACUUUGCCCAUGUGAAAUUUCACUACAUUAUCUUAAUUAGAUUAAAAGUUAUAAGCGACAAAAUAAGGCCAAAGCUUGUGAAACACUUUGUAUAAAAACAGACUUGUAUUUAUAUUUCUUAAUGACAAGUUUAAAAAAAAGUAUAAUGAACUUAAGUUGUCAAAAAAAUUACAUUAAUAAAAGUUCUUAACAAAAAAAAACACCACCAAUUUUGACCAUGUUCCUUUUGAAAACCCAUUGAUGUGACCUACCAGGGUUUGGCGCCAACAUACUGUCUAACUCUUGAAGUAAAAUAUACAAGACUUUAACUUUAUGGUAAAAAGUAAAUUUAAAAAUAGUGGCACAAGCGCGCGAAACAAAAAGUAGUACAGUCGCUAUCUGUCAAAUCUUACUUGGUGUGGUUUUUUAAAGUUUAUAUUUCUCUAUUUUUUUGUAAAUUUCCACUUUAAUAAAAAAUGUUGUUAUUCAGGAGGUGGGUGUUUAAAAUGAAAUAAAUGUCUAGUAUUGUUCACUUAUUCCAGGUCCAAUUUUUGACAUAAUUUCAUUUGUCUUUUCUGGCAUAAUUCAUAUAAUAUUUUUUGGAUUAUAGAAAAUUCAUGUUAAUAUGAGGAGAUAAAUUUGCGAAGUAAUUUUGCAGCAUCUUGAACUGAAAUUUCUUCAUAAAUUUUUGUAAUUAACCAAAUGUUAUUAAAGUAAAUGGUUAACAUUGUAAUUAAAAUUAUGUUAAAAUAUUUAUCAUCAAUAUUUUGAAUGCGCAAUUGGUUGUUCAAUAAAGUUAUUUUAACGUUUUUACAUGAGUAAUAUUGGUGUCUUUCAGAAAUAAUGAUGUAAGAGUCAUAUUGCUGAAUGUACUCACAUGUCAAAGAAUGUACAAAUGUCAAAGAAUGUACACAUGUCAAAGAAUGCUUAUUUGAAUGAAUGAAAUCUUAAAAUGUGAUGCAGUUAUGAAU